AUGGAAGACGCACCCCUCCCUGCGGCACUCCAGUCUACGCAUAAUGGCCUGAACGCCUGCAUACCCAUCGCCAAACUACCUGCGGAAAUCUUGGAAGAGGUAUUCAAGAUCUGCGUAUCCUGGUUCUACGGGACUAAAAAACCCAAACAUCGCCUAGCCUGGACGCAAGUAUGCUGCUCAUGGCGGCUCAUUUCGCUGAGCUCAAGUAGACUUUGGCAGCGCAUCGACCUCUGCGAUCCCCGCCUUGCGGAGGUGUUUCUUGUCCGGUCAAAACAAGCGCCACUUUCUGUCUUCUCUGGAACUCCAGUUAGAUUAAGUGCAAAUAAUCUUGCACCGUACGCACACCGCUUGCAGUCCAUCGACCUCUGUCUAUGUCCAAACGAUAUGGUCGAGGUUUUCUCUGGUGUGGGCGGUCACCUAUCGUCCCUAAAUGCCAUAUCGCUCAAAAUUCCACCAGUGUCACAUGUAAUCCACUUAGACGUAUCUUUCCCGCAAGUUCGACACCUCUCCGUAGACGGUGUGGCGAUAAACUGGGACCAAUGCCAAAAUCUCGUCGAACUCAAUAUCCGAAACCUCCCACCUGCAUUCUGUCCUUCUAUUCCACAGGUCCAGGGAAUAUUCAGAAGGUCUCCCAACCUCAAGCAUGUCCGGUUAGAGGCUCUCGUGACGCCCUGCUUGGAAGCAACCUGCGAGUCAAAACUGCCUAUCUACCUUUUGAACGUCGAAGAUAUGGUCAUCUCAGGACCUCAAGCGUCGAUCGCCGCUCUUCUUACUACUUUGAAGCUGGGACCGCAGUCGCGUUUACGUCUGUACACAUCGUGUUCCAACGACAUAUUUCCUCACGGGCUCCCGCAAGCAUCUAGCACGAACGGUGACGUUAUUCGUAUUCCCACUGUCCGUCUCUCGCCUCAUGGGCUACGCCUUCUGUACGAUGGCACAAAAGCAUGGUCAGAGGAGCCGAGUCGUAUGUUACUUUCCAUCAGCGCUGCGCAGAUGCCAAAUAUCUACAACUCCCUCUGCGCGCUCGUCGACGCGUCUUGCGUCACGAAGCUUGAGCUAAACUCGGGCGUACUUUACUCGAUACCCUUCAAAGACCUCAUUAACCUUUUCGCGAAUCUCGGGAACCUGGAGACUCUUUGUACGGCGUUGAACGAUCUGGAGGAACUUUGCACGGUGCUGCAGAUGUCGCUUCCCACCACGGCAUCGGCAUCGUCAUUAUCGCUAUCCCCAAUCUCAUCCUCGUGUUCCUUCAAGAUCAAUUAUGGCUCAAAUUCUAAUUCUAAUUCUGUGCAGCCUCUCUACGUCCCUCGCCUCCGCAACUUAUCCUUCAGCAAAUCAGCCGAUCGGUGGUGGAACUUCAAAGACAGGUGGUUGACAACUAUCGCGGCAUGCUUAAAAUAUAGACAAUCACGGUCAUACCCCGUGCACACUAUCGAAUUUCUUCGGUGUCAAGGUAUUUCUACAACCUCGACAAAGGAGUUGGCAGACUUUGUUUCACAGGUUGUCAUUACAGAGGACAUUGGUACUGGCUCUCUCUUUUGA